AUGGCAGCACCGUGUUGGCUUGGGCGCAUCCCACUGGCAGUGUGGGCGGCCCUGCUGCUGCUGCUGGUGGCUCCCGGGUCGCCGUCAAACCCUGCCCUUAGGAAGAAGGUGUUAGCCGGGAAGGUCAGCCAGCUGAUGGACUGGACGCAGGCAAGCGGGGGCGUGAUCCCGAUGAACGACACCGCGUUCUAUCAUUUUGUCCUCCAGCCGCCCAGGAACUAUUCCGUGAUCGUGCUGUUCACGGCGCUGCGCGAGGCUCGGCGGUGCGACGCCUGCCAACGCGCCGCCAACGAAUUUCAGAUCCUGGCCUCCUCCCCGUGCUACUCCGAGGCCUUCAGCAAGAAGGUCUUCUUCGCUAUGGUAGAUUACGACGCGAACCCGGGGGCCUUUCAAAUGGUCCGCUUGGUGUCGGUCCCCAAUUUCCUCCACUUUGCCGCUAAAAGGGCAUUUGCCACAGAGGAUAGUUACAAUUCAGAAGUCAGGGAUUUCACCGCCAGGCAAAUAGCCGCGUGGAUCGCCCAGAGAACCCAGGUGCGCCCCAGGCUCAGGUGCGCCCCAGAGUCCGUCUCGGAGCUGCAUCUCUGCGGCCUGGGGGCCGUGGGCGCCGUGGGCGCCGGGCUGCUGUGCUUGGUGCGGAGAACCAGGGCGCUCGUUUCUAACAAAACCUUGUGGGCCGUCUUGGCGCUGUCUUUUGCGACGGUGAUGACGUCUGGUCAAAUGUGGGUUCAGAUCAGAGGAGCGCCCUUUUCUCAAAGGAAUCCUUGCACGGGGCAGGUGCACUACAUCGACCCGCAGAACCACGUCCAGUUCGCGGCUGAGACGUACCUGGUGGCCCUGUGUCAAGUGUGCAUUUCCCUGGGCGUGGUGUUCUUGGACGCAGCGGCCACCUCCAGGAGGCCCAUCGUCAAGAGAAAGAUGAUGUAUCUGAUCGGCGUGGGCCUCGUGGCGACGGUGGUCAGUUGGCUCCUCUCCCUCUUCAGACGGAAAGUCCCUGGGUAUCCGUACAGACUCCUGACGGAUUAG